CCGGCCGGGACCCCGCUCGCCCGGCCCGGCCCGGCCCGGCCCUCCGCCAGCAGCCGCCUUUUCCGGGCCCGCGGCGGUUUUCAGGGAGGCGGCCGGGCGGAGGGCGCGGCUUGGCCUCCGCCCCGCCCGCCCCACGGUCCCGUUCCCGAGAGGCUGCUCGGCGGAGGCCGGUCCUGCGGGGCUGCUGCCGUCGUGCCGAUGGGCAGGCAGCUGCCGGGCAAAGCGAAGGAGGGAGCCCGGGGACCUCGGACGGCCUUUGAUCCAGGCUGCGCUUCAGCCGUGGUUUCUUGCUUAGGAGUCGGUGGGCGCUAAGCCGCCCUGGCCUCUUCCUGAAACCGUGGUUAGCAGAACUGGCGAGGAGUGAGCCGAAUGGCAGCGGCCUUUUCCCCGUCCCUUGCGGGGAUUUAGAUGGGGGAAAGAGCGUCCUGGGAAGGAUUUGAAGAGGUUUUCCUCCUCGCUCCCCUCCCGGUCCUGUCCGGUUGGGCCGUCCUGGCUCUUUGGGGACGGGGAUCGUCUAGGCUGGUUUUGUGCCUGGCAAGAAACUCUCAUCUGAGAACUUAAGUAGCACCUCCUGAAGAAAAGCCUGGCAAGCCCUUGCUUGUUUGAGCUACUUUGGCAACCCCCACUUGGAAGUGCAAAAUGGUCGGAUUCAGUUGUGAUGGAGGAUUCGGCUGCCUGCUGGAAAGUGCUGGGAAUUGGCUCAAACUCUCCUGUUUCCUGCCUGGUUUCAGGGACUUCCCAAUGUUUCUACUUUGAAAAGCCUUCGGAGCAGUCUGGUCCGAAGGCUUCUUGAACUUCACCGAUGGCCUCGGCAAGGGGGAUUUUCUGCCCACAAACCCAAUUGCCAUUGCUGGGAAUAACUUGCGCUUGGCUUUCUGUGUUGGUUCUCUCUCUAUUCGCAGAAGGCCUGGCGGGGGAGGGGGGUAGCACCAAACAGGAGGUGCUUCCACCAUCCAUGCUUCAAAGUUUUUCUUGCCUCCGGCUGCUGGAAUAGAUCCUGGAUCUUGAUGGGGCGGGAAACUUUUGAAGACCAUAAAGUAGAAAGCUUUUGAGAUUAGUUGUCUCUGUGCCUCUUGGAAGAAACCUGCCACGCUUCUCUCUAGCUUUGUAGGCCCCGUAUUCUUUCUGGCAGGGCGGGGAGAGAGAUUCUUCUCUCCUGUGCUCCUGCAAACAUACCCUUUCUGAUGAUGAUGCUGCUCACAGGAAACAGGGGACUCUUGCAAGCCAAAGAAUGCAGACAAUAAAGUGUGUGGUGGUCGGAGACGGUGCCGUGGGGAAGACCUGCCUGCUCAUCAGCUAUACCACCAAUGCCUUCCCGGAGGAAUACAUCCCCACGGUGUUUGAUAACUACAGCGCUCAGAUGACGGUGGACGGGAGGAUGGUCAGCCUUAACCUCUGGGACACGGCCGGACAAGAGGAGUACGACCGUCUGCGCACCCUCUCCUAUCCGCAGACCAAUGUCUUUGUGAUUUGCUUUUCUAUCGGCAGCCCCUCCUCUUACGCCAACGUGCGACACAAAUGGCAUCCUGAGGUCUCCCAUCACUGUCCCAAUGUGCCAAUCCUUCUGGUGGGCACCAAAAGGGACUUGCGGAGUAAUGCAGAGGCCGUGAAAAAGCUGAAGGAGCAAAGCCUGGGCCCUACCACCCCCCAGCAGGGCACUUCGCUAGCCAAACAAAUUGGGGCAGUCAAAUACUUGGAGUGUUCGGCAUUGAACCAGGAAGGGGUAAGGGAAGUAUUUGCAGAAGCUGUGCGUGCCGUUCUCUAUCCAGUGACAAAGAAGAACUCCAAGAAGUGCCUGCUGUUGUAGUCGGUAAGACGAGGACAACGCAGACUGAAAGGCGUGGGGUGUUAGCGGUCCAUCUCCUUAACUAAUGGCCUCUUGCACUAAUGGCUUUAAAGAGAACUUUCUUCAGCAAGUCCUCCUGCAGUCCAGCUGCUACUUUGAGUCAACAGAAAUGAACAUAUUGGCUCUAGCCUUAAGGAUCAGCCUCCAGGGGAACUCUCCGUGUGUUAACUCUCCAUCUCUUCCAUGGAGGAGUCUAAAGCUAGGGAAUGCCUUCAAACCCCAGGGUUUCUCUGCUCAGCAGAGAGAGUCUUUCGGAAGGAGGUAUUGAUCGGCUUUGCUUUCACAUCAGUGUUGCUUCCUCUCCAGUCGCAUGUAGGGCAGCACUGUGCCUUUCCAGUAGCAGAAUCGGUCUGUCACAGUUUUCAAAAGCACCAAACAAUUUUUAAAAUCUCUCCAUUAUUGCUGGCAGGCAUGCAAACAGGCCUUGCAAACUGAGGGAUGAGCAACCCCUUUAUGACAUCAAAAGCAGGCUAGGUUCUUUGUGGAACAGCUCUGGUAUCUGACAUUAGUUAUUUGGCUUUCAAGAUUUGGAAAGCUGAACUAUUAAAAAAAAUCUGUUUCCACAUUGCACCCUUCCCUCCAUAUACACAUAUAUACAAACAGUAGGCCUAGAUUAACUGUGCUGGCUGACAUCAGGCAUUCUUGAUGGUUUUUCUGCACUGACAUUUUUCUUGGCUUAAAUGCCACAAUUACCCUUUGGCCUUGUGACUGAGUCUUGGGGUAAGAAAUUGCCUGCUAUGCAGGAUAAGGUCUUGGCCAUCAACCCUUUUAAAAGCUGUGCUGCUUCAAAGCAUCCCUUUUUGUGUGCCUUCUGUUCCCCCUUUUCCCUUGCAGAUAAAACUCAAUAACUACUUUUAAACAUUCAGGCGUGAGUGCUAUUAAACUGAUGCACUGAUUUAGUAGAAGCUUAAAUCUUUCUAUGCCAUUGGUCCCCAUAGAGAUGCAUAUGAGUCUAACAUUGCCUGAAAUACUAACACUGCCUUCUUUAGAAUGAAUUAUGCAACUUUUCUUUUAGGAACACACAUUUCUAUUUAGCAUCUUGCAAUUUGUUUCUUUUUGCAACAGUAAGAAACUUGAUUAUAUCCAUUGUUGGGCAUCUUCAGCUGAUUAAGGAAAGCCUGAUGCUUGACAGCAUCUCUUUCUGGAUAAAACGCUUUGAGCAGCCUUUCCUUAGGAGGAACGCUGAGAUGUGAUGCCCAUCCCCUCUUCCAAAUAAUUAUGUUCUGUAUUCUGCCUGCGAUCCUGAUCUGCACUGGUGACCAAGAAAUUUUGCCUGAAUGUGGAAUGGUGAUACUUGGGAGCUGUCCUCUGCAUGGAUGCUGACAUCACAGCGAGAUUGGUGACUUAGCCCAGGAGCAAAUCCGGUGUAGUUCCCAUCCUCAGCACGCAAAUCUCACUCAACUGCCGUAAUGUUGGUCAUGCUGCGGUCUCCUUUUUCCCUUGGCCCCAGCUGAGAUUCUGGGCCGGAACUUUUGCCCUACAUCUGAUCAUCCUCAGGGUAUUUAGUGAUAACUGUUUCCAACCAGGUUGUGAUGUUAACGAGAGCUUGGUCUCCCUGGCACUGUCAAACGUCUUCUGAAUGCCUUCCUGGUGUUCCAAGCUUCCCCUCCGCCUGAGCCUGAUGAUGUGGGACCGGACUCUCCCUGGUGAAAGAGGCUUCUCCAGGCAGAGCUGGGCUGGUUCGAAUGACGGUUGAGGUUCAGGGAGUGGACAGCCUCAUUGUGUGGUACUUCCAACAUACACUGGCAACUGAUUUUACAGUUUAAAGUACAUUUGUACGGCAACUAACAGAGUUAUUUUUAAAUUAUGCUGAAUGAAAUUGUAAUAAAGCAGUUUCUUGA